AUGUCAAGUAUUCGUGCAAUCAAAAUUGGUACACACAAUGGACAUUUUCAUUGUGAUGAAAUAUUUGCUUGUUUUCUAUUGAAAACGUUGCCUCGAUAUGCUGAUGCGGAAAUUAUCAGAAGUCGUGAUCCAAAAGUAUUAGCCGAAUGUGAUACUGUUGUUGAUGUUGGCGGUAUAUUUAAUGCCGAACAAAAGCGAUUUGAUCAUCAUCAAAAAACAUUUACUGAAACUUUUAAUUCUCUACAACCUGAUAAACCAUGGACAAUACGAUUGUCAAGUGCUGGUUUGAUUUAUGUUCAUUUUGGACGAGAAAUAGUAGCAGAGUUACUAAAAAAGGAAAACAUUGAAGAUGGUGUUAGAGACCAUUUAACUGACAUUUUAUUUGACAAAUUAUAUGAAACAUUCGUAUUAGAAAUUGAUGCUAUUGAUAAUGGAGUUGAUAUUGGCGAGAAUAUGAAAUAUAAAAUUCAUACAAAUCUGAGUACACGUGUUGGUUACUUCAAUCCGGCUUGGAAUGAUCCUAAUCCUCUAGAAAAAGAAGAAACUGGAUUUAAACAAGCUAUGGAAAUGAUUGGACAAGAAUUUUUAGGUAAAUUUCAUUAUUAUAUUCAUCAAUGGUGGCCAGCAAGAGCAUUACUUGAAAAAGCUAUUGCCAAACGAUUUGAGACUGAUUCAUCUGGUUCAAUAAUUGUUCUCGAGUGUUCAUCGCCAUGGCGUGAUCAUUUAUUCGACAUAGAAAAAGAACAAAAAGAAACUCUUGGUGAUACAAUCAAAUAUGUGAUCUAUCCUGAUGCAAGUAAAAGUUGGCGUAUACAAGCUGUUCCAUUGUCUAAUAAAUCAUUUGAAAACCGUUUAUCAUUACCAAAACAAUGGCAAGGUCUACGUGAUGAUGAUCUAAGUGCUAAAGCGAAUAUACCAGGAUGCAUAUUUAUACAUGCAUCGGGUUUUAUUGGUGGUAAUGCAACUUAUGAUGGUGCUUUAGCUAUGGCUCGGCGUUCACUUGAACUAGCAAAUGCAGAUUCAUUGAACAAUAAACGAAAAUCAGAAGAUUAA